AUGGCUUCUCGAGCUGAAAGUCACUGGAGCGAGGGCAAGGAGGAGCUGUGGGAGGGAACAGAAAGGGCUUUCCUCCGCUCGCCCGAGGGUGGCUUUGGCACCUUCUGCUGCGGUGGGUUUGCAGACCCGCCCGUUCCCCCCCGCACCCCCGGCACUGACCGGCAGCACGGGGCCUGUCCGGGCUGUUGGCAGGAGCAGCCGCCGCUCUCGGGGUGUUCUUGUGGCCGAGCGCUCGUCCUUGGCCAGCAGCUGUUUCCUCGCGGCGAGACGGAGACGUCACUGCUCAUGAGCCCUCCAGUCCCCGCCUGCCGCGGCAGCGGGGCCAGGGACACAUCCCACACCCGCAGCCACGCCAGACCUCAGCCGGGUGCCCGCAAAAGCACCCUGCCCCUGCCCAGGGAUGUGCCGCUUACCGCCAGACAGUCAGUGCCCGUGGGGCAGCAGUAUCCUCAUGCCUGCUGCUUUCCUCUCCCACAGAUGCCAUGCUGGGGCUGCCUACGCUCUGUUCCAAAGAUGCUUUCCCGCAGAAAACAAGUGCCAGGCAGCUCAGAGGGCUCCAGCCUCCGCCGCUGCCUCUCCACCGUGGACCUCAUCGCCCUGGGAGUGGGCAGCACGCUGGGGGCCGGGGUCUAUGUCCUGGCAGGGGAGGUGGCCAAGACCAGCUCUGGCCCGAGCAUCGUCCUUUCUUUCCUGAUUGCAGCUGUGGUGUCUGCCCUGGCAGGACUGUGCUACGCCGAAUUCGGGGCCCGUGUGCCCCUGGCUGGGUCUGCCUAUCUCUACAGCUACGUGACCGUGGGCGAGCUGGGGGCCUUCGUCGCUGGGUGGAAUCUGCUGCUGUCCUACGUCAUCGGUACUGCCAGUGUUGCCCGGGCCUGGAGCGCUACCUUCGACCAGCUCCUCGGCAAGAAGAUGGGGAGGUUUUUGGGUGCUCACGCGGCCAUGAGUUCUGUGGGGCUGGCAGAGCACCCAGACGCCUUUGCUGCUGGCCUGGUGGUCCUGCUGGCAGGGCUUCUUUCCUUUGGAGUGAAGGAGUCCACCAUGGUCAACAAAGCCUUCACAGCUCUCAACGUACUUGUCCUGCUCUUUGUCACAGUGAGUGGCUUCAUCAAAGGUGACCUGAGCAACUGGAAGCUCGGGGAGGACGACCUGCCACGGGCAGUUUCUCAUGAGGAUGGGAACCAGUCCAUGGCCAACAACACGACCAGUGCCUUUGGGGUGGGAGGCUUCAUGCCCUAUGGUUUCACUGGGACCUUGGCUGGAGCCUCCACCUGUUUCUAUGCCUUUGUUGGAUUUGACUGCAUUGCUACCACGGGGGAAGAAGUGAGGAACCCGCAGAGAUCCAUCCCCAUGGGCAUCAUCCUCUCCCUCCUCAUCUGCUUCCUGGCAUACUUUGGGGUGUCUGCUGCCCUCACCUUGAUGAUGCCCUACUACCUCCUGGACCCCAUGAGCCCACUGCCAGUGGCUUUUGAAUAUGUUGGCUGGAGCAGUGCAAAGUACACCGUGGCUGCAGGGUCACUGUGUGCCCUGACAACCAGCCUCCUGGGCUCCAUGUUCCCCAUGCCACGGAUCCUGUAUGCAAUGGCUUGAGACGGGCUCCUCUUCAAACCCCUGGCCAAAGUUAGUCGCCGUCAGUGCCCAGUGGUGGCAACGCUGGUGUCUGGAGCACUGGCAGCUCUCCUGGCCCUUCUCUUCGACCUGAGAGCCCUGGUGGACACGAUGUCCAUCGGCACACUGCUGGCCUACUCCAUGGUGGCUGGCUGCGUGCUGCUGCUCAGGUAUCGGCCUGGACCCAGCACUUGGGACAAUUCUGUGGGGAAGGUCCCAGCUGUGCAGCUCUGGUGGGACCACCUUAUCCAGCCACCCCUGCAUCCCACCCCACGUUCCUCCUCUGCAGUGGCCUGGGCUCUGACAGCUGUAGCUGCCCUGGUGUGUGCCCUGAGCUGGGUGAGCACUGCUGGGCUGCCCUGCCUGCGGGCUGGGGGUGCCUGGUGCAUUGCAGCUCUGGCUCUGCCUCUCUUGGGAAUCCUGGCAGCAGCUCUGCUCAUCUGGAGGCAGCCUCAGAGCCGGGACAGAGCAUCCUUCAUGGUUCCCUGCCUGCCCUUCCUGCCGCUCCUCAGCAUCUCCAUCAACAGCAUCCUGAUGGCCCGGCUCGGCGCGGCCGCCUGGCUGCGGUACCUGCUCUGGAUGGCUGUCGGUUUCCUUAUUUACUUUGGCUACGGGAUCUGGCACAGCACUGAGGGCCAUUGGCCUGAGGGGGCAGCUCCCUGGGAGCCACCGGGAAGCACGGCCAGGGAAGUGGCCCUGGAGCCCUUUACCAAAACCACUGACAUGGAAUUCUUGAGGCUGCUGCUUCUUACAAACUUGUAAUUGUUACAGCCAGUAGCACGUUGGCCUGGUGCACGCACACACACACACACACAUGCACACCCCUGGCUAAACAGCCCUGGGGAGGGGACAGGCCAGUGA